AUGAAUUGGAUGGACGAUGACAUCUUUUCGGUAAUACGCGCUGCAGUGAGCAUUAUGACCAUGGUAAAAGGUAUAAAACGUCUCGAAGAAGAAAUUGAAUUUGGCGCUCUAACAAAGAGACAAAGAAAGAUUCGAAACUCGAUGAAAUUAGCAGGUGGACUUUUGCUCAAAUGUACUCAAUCUGGUGGAAGGAAGGAUCAUCUUUGGUACCAUUCAUCAGAGGAUGAACGACUCGAAAUCUCGGAUUUGAUGCAAUUGUGGGCUCCUCAUGUGGAUUCACUGAAAUGUGAGUUUAAUCUGCACAGACGAUUGAGUUGGUCACAAUAUAUGACGACUACUUAUGCUGAAUGGAGGGGAUUGGUAGGCUUUCGAUCGAGGAUCUUUGGAUGGCCUGUUGUCUACAACGGUACUAAUCCAAGAAACCUUGUUGGAGGUCUUCUGGAAUGA